AAGGAAAAGAUAAAAUUGUACUCCAUCACUGUGAAAACUGAAAAAGUUACAACAUUAACAAGAAUAUCCUUCUUGCCAUAAUUUACCAUAACCAAAAAGUUCCAAAAUUUAAUAAUAAAAAAAUAUUAGUGGUAAUGAGUGAGAGGGGUGGCAAUAGCACCACAAGACUCCUCCAUGAAGUGGUGGAGGAAGUUGAUGAUUUAGAAAGAAAUUACAGUGAGAGGCCAAAAGAACCUUGGAAAGGAGGAUAUGUGAAGAGCAUAGUUUAUGGAGGACUUGAUGCUAUUAUCACUUGCUUUUCUCUCAUUUCUUCAAUCUCAGCUAGCAGUAGUUCUUCUGGGAAUGUGUUGGUUCUUGGAUUUGCAAACCUAGUAGCAGAUGCAAUAUCAAUGGGGUUUGGAGACAUAGUGUCUGCUAGCUCCGAGCGCGAUGUGGUCAUUGAGGAAAGGAGAGUGACAGAAUGGGAUGUUUUGAAUGGUAGGGAAGAUGAACAAAGAGAGUUAGUAAGAUACUAUCAAUCUCUUGGGAUGGACUACGAUGACGCAACCACGGUUGUGAACAUAUUUACAAAAUACAAUGACAUAUUGGUGGACCAAAAAAUGGUAGCUGACAAAGGAAUGCUACCAGCAGACCAAGAAGCGAAGCCAUGGAAGAAUGGUUUAAUCACUUUUGCAUCCUUCAUGGUGUUUGGCUCAAUACCUCUGCUCUCUUUCAUCAUUCUUAUACCAUUUACAGACAGUGAUUUGGUUAAGUUUGUUAGUGCUUGCCUUGUUUCUGCACUUGGUCUAGCUCUUCUUGGAGUGGCAAGGGCAAGAAUUGCUGGUCAAAACAUGAUGUUCACCACAGCCAUCACUGUUUUUAGUGGUGUCAUAGCUGCAGCUGCUGCUUAUUUAGUAGGAUGGUUGCUAAAGCACGUUGCAGGACUAGAAGGUUGAUAAACUAUAGCAGAAUUAGUAGCAUGAAAGAUAAUAGGGAAUGAUUGGCAAUAGCAUCCUUUCUGAGGACUCUUUUUGUCCAAAUUUUGUACAUGUCUAAUAUCUAUCUUUUAGGCAGGUUAUAAAUGCACUUGAAACUUAGUAUAUGUUAACAUAUAUAGCUAAUUUUCAAAAAUCUGAUGUAUGGUUGCUAAUCAAUUUUGUGGUGAUGGUUGGAGGCAAUAUCAGUUGAAUUUCUGAA